AUGGCGGAGCGGCGGCCGGGAGACUUGCAUGCGGCGCCAACUGGCAUCGUGACGGACGAAGGCAUAAUGCCUUUUAUAGUCGACACGACGACCCUUUGGGCCGAUGUCAGGAGAGUUGUCACGUCAACCAUUUCGAGGAUGACCUCCAGGAGUUCCGGCAUGGCUAGGACGGCGAGACAAGCGUCAUUCCUCCCGACUUCCCGAUCCGCCAUCGGCACGUCUUGCAUCGCGGACACUGCCAUGUCCAGGCUCGCCAAGGUUAUGAGGGAGGCGACUCUGAGAACUCACAGCCAAAACCCCGUCUUUUAG